AUGGCACCACGAGACAGUGUAACCGCUCAGAAGAUCAGAAGGCAAUCCGUGGGGCUGCCACAUCAAGGUCAUUUAUCCGCCGCUUCCAUCAGUCCUCGACUCACCAGCAAAGCAGAUCGCCCUCAAGGCAUCAAGAAAGGACAACAGCAACACCCUCUUCGACGAAGCGCCCGUCUGGACCGCUUGAUUGAGGUCCAUGAGCUUCGACUAAAAGCCAGCCGGCAGCCUCUCCCACCUCCAGCCAGCGACAUUAAAGUCCCUGAUUGUGCACACUCACCACCUACCUUUCUACCACCAAAGCCUCCGAAGCGGAAACGAGAAGCCGAACAGCAGCUAGAACCACCCUCUCCAAAACGACCGCGAACAUCUUGCCCUAGACCCUCUCUUCAGGACGUUGAUUCUAUUACGUAUUGGACGCAGACAUCCCACUGGCCCCAAGGAUACUUCCACGAAAAUGGCGAAAUGAGUCAUUUAUUCGCGAGAAAGAAAUCCACCGACUCUCUUCGCCGAAAGCGAUCGGAUAGCGAGUCUAGCGCACCCAGCUCAACUACACCGAGUGACCAAAAGUCAAGGGAGGAGAAGAGUGCUCCUUAUCGAGACCCACGUUACAGGAUCCUACUCGAGGCUGUGGGAAGCUAUAUGGACAAGUCCGAGCUAGAUAUUACAAAAGAGAGCAAAGCUCUCUGUCGCGACAUGUUGACGAAGGAGCAAACGACCCCCAAGGAUUCUAUAUUCUCUGAUGACGUGUUUGAGAAAGCCUACAGAAAGUUCCAAGACAGAAAUGAGGCAAGGGUGAUCCAGGAUAUAGCCCAACUAAUCGUCCCAUCUGCGGAAACGCUGGCUACGUUUGGUGCCCAACAUCUCGAUAAACUAACUGAGAGCAUCAAUGAGGGUUGGAACAAUUCAAUUCCUGUUACCAAGAGACGACCUCAACCAGACUACUCUGUGGGUUUCAAACGCUCUGCAUUUACAGACGACCAGCUUAAGAAACUUCAGCCAUUCGUUGGCGACCUGACCGACAACUCCUUCUUCAUGGGCACAUGGUACAUGUACUUCCCCUUCUUCUCGAGCGAAGUGAAGUGCGGUGCGGCCGCACUCGACGUGGCAGAUCGACAGAACGCGCACAGCAUGACGCUCGCUGUUCGGGGAGUCGUGGAACUGUUCCGGCUAGUCAAGCGCGAGCAAGAGCUUCAUCGGGAGAUCCUCGCCUUUUCCAUUUCGCAUGACAACGAGACUGUGAGGAUCUAUAGCCACUACCCUGUGAUCGAAGGCAAAAAGACCAUGUUCUACCGCCACACUAUCCGUAAGUUCGACUUUACAGAACAGGAUGGCAAAGAGAAAUGGACGGCAUAUAAAUUUACCAAGAGCGUCUAUAACACCUGGAUGCCUGCUCACUUUAAAAGGCUUUGCUCGGCAAUCGACGCAAUACCACCCGAUAUACAUUUUGAGGUCUUGGAAUAA